AUGGAUUAUCUGAGGAAAAUAAAGGUGCUCACUCCCACACAGACCGUGAAGUUAUCGCAAGUUCUAUCUAUGGUGACGCUAUCUGUAUGCUUCUUUGGACUGGCUUAUGGGGUCGAUUGCUCUACACAUGGCUUGGCACUCUUCUUCCUCUGCACUAUUGGAGCCGCCUUUGGUCUCUGUAUCAGCGGAUUCCUAACAAGCCUUCUCUCUUUAUCACCGCAUUUCAUAGGAGUUCUCACAAGUACUUCGCAAAUAAUCGGCUUUGGUGGACGGCUGGCAACUCCCCAGAUAAUCACAUUUUUCAAGACUGUGGGCACGGCUGAGGAAUGGCGAGGAAUUCUGCUGGUGUACUCGGCCAUGACCGUUGUAUCGGCUGUGCUGUUCUUCAUUUGGGGCUCAGGAGAUGUACAACCAUGGGAUUCCUACAAAGUCAAUCCACCUGGUUCCAAGGAACAGGAGACCGAUAGCAAACCGCUAGUGGAUCAAAAUAUGCUCCAAAGUAUAGCCGAAACUUAG